AUGCCUUCGCCCGAGGCCAACCCAUUGCCUCCGAUGCACGCCCAAUCUGUCGAAAAAUCAAAAACAAAAGCCAUGGACAUGUCGGAUCCCCAAAUCCGCCCACAGCCAGGUUCAAGAAUGUAUCGUGAAGAACAAUCCACCUCUCUACCCUCAAGGCCAGAAAUCCAGCCAUCUUCAUCUCCUCUUCUCCCUGCUCCAUCUCUCGCUUCUGGCAGAUACAACCGCCAAAUGCUCGUGCCUCAAAUCCGACUUCGCGGCCAAGAAUUUCUGUUAGCCUCCAAAGUCCUUAUAGUCGGACUGGGAGGGCUCGGCUCACCCGCUGCACUGUACUUAGCCGGUGCAGGAAUCGGUACAUUGGGUCUUAUGGAUGGCGAUAACGUGGAAAUCAGCAAUCUUCAUCGUCAGAUUGUCCACACCGAAUCUGCUGCACGACUGGGUCAGAGCAAAGUCCAGUCUGCGGCCGCAAGAUGUCGAGAGCUGAACACGGAUAUUACCUACGUCUGCCACGAGGAAUCGGCCAGUGCGAGCAAUGUUCUGGACAUCGCGGCACAGUACGAUCUUGUGCUCGACUGCACAGACAACCCCGCAACGCGCUAUUUAAUCUCUGACGCGUGCGUGGUGCUGAGGAAAGUGCUUGUUAGCGGUGCGGCACAAAGGGGUGAGGGUACGCUCAUUGUCCUCAACUCCCCCCCUACUUCCUCCGAAGGAGACGAGAAGGGACCUUGCUAUCGCUGUGUAUUCCCUCGUCCCCCAGCCCCGGAAACGGUGCGAGGGUGCAGUGAGGUUGGGAUUUUGGGUCCUGUCGUCGGCAUGGUAGGGACUUUGAUGGCCGGCGAGGCUAUCAAGAUAAUCACAAGCGGCGGCCAUCUCUGUCGUCAAGACACAGCAGGAGAGCGUCUGGAUAACACGGGAUCUUCGGUGGAAACGUCUGGACAAAAGAAAAUACACACCAUGCUUCUGUACGACACCUACACCGCCGAUCCACGAAAUAUGUUCCGCACGCUCCGCCUCCGAGGCCGGCGGAAAGAUUGUGUCGCAUGCGGCGAUGACGAGGCUCUGGCCACUAAAGGUCUGAGCAAGAUCACAGCAGAAGUGAUCUCGGCCGGGAGACUGGACUACCAAGCAUUUUGUGGCGUUUUUGAAGGCCACAAACUUCUCGACAUGAAAUAUAGAGUCCACGCAAGAGACUUCCUACGCGAGCACGCCAAGGUCGGAGCACAGCAGGACCAAAGAGGUAAAAGAAACAGCAGGCCUAUUGUGGUCGACGUGCGCGAGGAACACGAGUACGAACUCGGCCCGAAGGUUCGGGACAGUUUAAAUAUACCCCUUUCGAAGAUUCUAAGGCAGGGAAGCGAUGCCUUUGCUGUUCUCGAAGCUGGACCAGAGCUUAGUCCCUCUAAUGUAGUGGGACCAGACGGAGGCAUGAUCGAUCAAGAGUCACAUGUCCCUGUGGCCAGACGGCAUGACAGUUACCCCGGGAAGCCAAUAGGCCAGUCCGAUGAGAUACCACCGAGCCCGGCAAGAGAGCUAGCAGACGAUGCAGGGUUCAUUAAUCAAGAGUCACACAUACCUGUGACCAGAAGGCAUGACAGUUACCCCGGGAAGCCAAUAGGCCAGUCCGAUGAGAUACCUCCGAGCCCAGCACGAGAGACAGACGACGAUACUGGCGAAAACCUCCAGUUUCCGCCAGUGUAUUUCGUGUGCCAACGCGGAAAUGACAGUCAACUCGCAGCAUCGAAACUGAUAGAAAAAGUUGACGCCGAAGCAGCGGCAGGGCAAGAAGCCAUACGGAAAAAGAAGUGGGGCUGGAUAGGUGAUAUUCAAGGUGGCCUCCUUGCUCUAGAAAGACACGCAAGGACAAUCCUUUAA